AAUCAGGAUGCUCUCGUUAGACUCGCAGCGGAAGCGCCGGAUUGUGCGAGCCUGUGGGCACUGGACACUGGUAGUUUGUCAAACGACCCGGCCGGUUGUGGAGGGGACGUGACACCGCGAAUGGAAUAUGGAGUGUAUUCCAGCAACUGUUGAGGAGCUUGAGAGCAAAAAGGAUCCACUUAUCGAGGACCCUGAGCACAACGUGUACACCAGGUUCAUGAAGUCCCAUCGCUGUUACGACCUCGUACCCACCAGCUCCAAAUUAGUUGUUUUUGACACGUCCCUCCAGGUCAAGAAGGCAUUUUUUGCACUUGUUUCCAAUGGGGUGAGGGCAGCUCCCUUAUGGGACAGUAACAAGCAGUGCUUUGUUGGCAUGCUAACCAUCACAGACUUUAUAAACAUCCUUCAUCGCUACUAUAAAUCUCCCCUGGUCCAGAUAUAUGAGUUGGAAGAGCAUAAAAUCGAAACAUGGCGAGAGCUGUAUCUUCAAGACUCUUUCAAGCCUUUGGUUAGCAUAUCACCCAAUGCUAGCUUGUAUGACGCAGUAUCGUCGCUUCUCAAGAACAAGAUCCACCGACUGCCAGUGAUCGACCCCUUGACGGGAAACACUCUCUACAUUCUCACGCACAAGCGGAUCCUCAAGUUCUUGAAGCUCUUUAUAUCGGAGAUGCCUAAACCGACGUUCCUAGGCCAAACGUUGGAGGAGCUGAAAAUAGGGACAUUCCAAAACAUCGCAGUGGUGCGCAAAGACACGCCUCUGUACACAGCGCUGGGUAUUUUUGUUGAACAGCGAGUGUCUGCGCUCCCUGUGGUGGAUGACAAAGGUCGAGUGGUAGACAUUUACUCCAAGUUUGAUGUCAUUAACUUGGCAGCAGAGAAGACCUACAACAAUCUGGACUUGACUGUGACCAAAGCCUUGCAGCACCGCUCUCAGUACUUUGAAGGGGUGUUGACCUGCAAUCGCCAUGAGACCUUGGAGGCCAUCAUCAACAGAUUGGUGGAGGCUGAGGUACACAGAUUGGUGGUUGUAGACGAGCAGGAUGUGGUGAAGGGUAUCGUCUCCCUCUCAGAUAUCCUCCAGGCGCUCGUGCUCACUGAUCGGGAUGAGGGCACAGCAUGAGCUGGUUAUAUUCACGCAAGAGUUGAGGCCAGGGCAAAGGGAGAAAGCGGUGACAUUGAGGGAAGAGGUGCGUGUGUAUGGGGCAGCUUAUGUCUGCGAAAUGAAUGAAUGAAUGAAUGAUCGUCACCCCAUAUUUCCUUUUCCCAUUACUUAUUCUGGGGGUUUUAUGAAGUGAGCAAUAAAAUUUUGAGGUAACACAGAAAAGCAGCACAAUUCUUGUCGGUGGAGCCAAGUUUUGCAUCACCAGGUAGCCAAGAGAUGGAAUGACACAAGGAUGCUCAUUUAAAAAAAAAAAAUCAGCUGUCAGUUUCUUUUUGGUCAGGCAAUCAACUAUUCUAAAGGCAUUACACUACUUCAUGUUGUAUGUUGAUGUGUUAAUUUAUUUUAAUUGGCAUCAAAGGUGACAUUUUUUCCCCUCUUCCCUGUUCAUACAAAUACACUGACAUCAUAACUAGUCAAUUUGGCCUGACCCCAAAAGUUUUAUGUAUUAAGUAUGAAUUGAACUACGUAAAAGGCAGGGUUUGUGAUGUGUUAAGUAAAAAAUGAACCUUACAAUCUGUCAUUUUAACUACUAACUGUGCAUCCGGCUUCAGGAUGAUUGUGACAAACUCUACCAUGUAUAGUGUUGUCAGUUUUUAACUUUUUACAUCUAAAUUCCAAGACUACAUAUUGUUUUGUUACGCAUACUACUGUAAUAUUAAAAAGGGAUAUAUAUUACUCUUGACAGCGCUCUGAAAUUAGGUUCUUUGGGAAGAAGUCUAACACUUUAAUAGAAAUGGUCGAACCAAGCCUUUUUAUCUUUGGCAUUUCUCAUUUUUGUCACAUUUAACAAAGACAGAUCAUUUAUUUAUGUUGUAUUUGAUAUGUUUAGCAUUGUUUUUCCUUCUGGGGAUGAGCAAAGAAUGGGUUACAUUUAAUUUUUUGAAAGUGUGUGGAAAUGCAGUUUUUGUAUUUUAACUGCUGUCAAAUGUGAAGAGCAAUAAAUGUUCUUUGAGACGUUUUUUGUUGUAUUUACUUGUAUAUGAGGUUCCGUGUGGUGAAGAAACAGACAUCACAAGAGAAACCAUUUUGGCUCAAAUGAUUGCUCUAUCAAGGGGGCAAAGCAUAUUUACAUUAAAUAUAAGGCAACUACAAUGGGACACAACCUUAUUGCCUUAGAAGCUCAAAUAUAUCACUCGCAAGCCUUUACAGUGCAUGUGACAGAUACAGAUACAUUGUGUAGAGUAGUCAGUUUUAGCAUUUCUUUUCACACAUGACCAUGAGUGCCGAGUGGAGUAAUAUAAAAAAUAGGUUACAGAUGAGUAUGGGGGCAUGCAGCGAGGUCAGUAGUAAUACAGUGUUUUUUGGGGUUGUUCCUUAGCAGACGAAUAUAAAUACGACAAUACAUAUUACAGCAAAAGACAAAAGUGCAUCUGUUCCCUGAAACAAAACCAUUUCUGAGAAUUACUGUUUCGAUAGGAGCAUUCCACAUAAAUGUGCUCAUAAAAUAAAAGCAUAAACACUGAUUUGUUUUAUCUAUACUUCUUGCGAACCUGUGGCAUGUAACUGUAACAAUUUCAGUGGCUGUGAAUAGCAUUUGACAAGACCUGACAUGUAACUGUUACAAACUAUAGAGAUUUAUAAUUUGUACCCGCCCCCUCAUAUGGGUCUUGGGGUAAUUUUGAGGAAAUAUUUAAAUGGUCCCUGAUAGGAAAAAGCUUCCCCAAUCCUGAAUUACACAGUCAACAUGUUUGAACCAGUUUUAUCCUAUGAGAUGAAGUGACAUUUAAAACAAAGUAAUGACGUAAAACUUGGAUUUGUGUGCAUGUUCUCUGUGUGAGAAACAUUGACUAUUAUGGCAGUGCAAUGUCAUCAAUGUGUGUUGUCGUGGGCAGUGCAUACACUUCAACAGUCCACUCUUGAAGACCUGAAGAAACUUGUCACUGGUAAGCAUCAGUGCCGCAGUGGAACCAGUUUUUGUACUGGACAGAUUAUUUGACUGUGGACAUCACUGUGAAUCCACCUAUCGCCUUCAAUGAUUCCUUGGAAAAAUGUGUUUUAAUUGUUAUACAUUCGCUGUCAUCGACUGCUAAGAAAACCCCGGGAUACUUCUUUUCAGAGGGGAAACCAGACAGGUUCUGGGUAGACGAGGUAGGGUUUGUCAGGAAUCAAGUGCUUCGAAAUACCCGCAAAGCUACUGACUUUGCAGUCCUUGCUAAGAAAGUGUCACAUAUUAGUGCGUCAUGGGGUGACGCUUGGCUGCUCUCAGAUCAGACUUUUAUGUCCUCUUUGACACCAAGCUGGGCCAAACUCUUUUUGAUCCGCAGGGCAGUCAAGCGGGCGGCACCAUUGGCGUACCAACACUCCCUCAUUAUUUUGCCCAUCACCCGCAACGCCUGGAACAGAAGGAAAAGCAGAUUUGAUUAAUAAAGAACUUGAUACAUUUAAAUUAAACCUUAAAUACAUUAUAAAGUACGCAAUCCCCCCACCAAAAAUCACUGAUUUAACAGUACUAGUGUCAGGCAUGCAAUCUUGCCACCUUUCGGCGAGAUUUCGCCGUUUUGAAAUCAAAAUGGGUCAUUCUUCUGA